AUGAAGGUCUUUGUGUUUCAACUGUAUAUUAAAUAUUUAUUAAACUUUUGGGGUUGGAAGUUCAAGAUUGCUUGUACCUGGAGAAGAAGCAUCAAUCAUAGAGUUAAUGAUUUAAAUUUUAGAAUAUAAUUAAAAUGUUUAAAAAUUCUAAAUAUGAUGUGUAAGGUAACAUUUAAAUAUUGUAAUAGAAAUAAUUAAGUAUAUAUUAAAAUUUUAACAAUUGGAAUAUCUUGAACAAUAUCAAUAAUAUAUGAAGCAAAUUUUGUUUCAUUGGUAGUUAUUGGUUACCAAAGUUUUAUGUAUAUAAAUCAAAAAGAUAAUUAUAUCAAAAAUUAAGACCUUCAUUAACUUUUUAAAAGGAAUCACGCCUUAGAUUUUAGGUAAGAUAAGAAAAGCAAUUUAGCAACAUAACUUCUGA